AUGGUGCAGUGUCAGGCAACGAAGCUCGAAUAUUCGGUCGAGAAGCCGUUGAAUAGGGAGCCGGAUGUUGGGGAAUUGGUCGAGAGUUUCAUCACGGAAAACGGCUAUGAUCGCAAUCACGGACCCAUUCCCUACCUCGAUCCUGCCAAACACCGCCUCUCCAUCACCGGGCUCGUGAACAAGAAACUCGAGCUCUCUGUAGCGGAUCUCGAGGCGCUGCCGCAAUACACUGUAGUAUGCGCUCUGCAAUGUGCGGGCAACAGACGCCACACUAUGCGCACCAAGCUCAAGGAAGUACACGGUAUAGACUGGUGUGAUGGUGCCGUCAUGAACUGCAAAUGGAGAGGCCCUUUGGUCGCCGAUGUGCUAUCCAAAGCAGGAAUCAACCUCGAGCAAGAGAAGUGGAAAGACGCACAUGCUGCCUUUUCAUGCUACCAGACCGAGUGCCAGGACGACAAGUUCUACGGCGCCAGUUUACCCUUGUCCCGCGUCAUGGACAAGAAUGGCGGGAUCAUGCUAGCCCUCCAGAUGAACGACAAGCCGCUAACACCGAAGCACGGAGCGCCGGUCAGAGUAGUCACGCCUGGGAUUGCGGGCGCGAGGAGCGUCAAGUGGCUGGAUCGGAUUUCUGUGCAAAUGACAGAAAGUGAAAGCUACUACCAACAACACGACUACAAAAUCUUGCCCCCAGAGGCCGAUACUAAGGAGAAGGCGGAAGAGUGGUGGGGGAAAUGCGAGGCUAUGCACGACAUGCCCAUCAACAGCGUCAUUGGGGUUCCGAAAUCCCAUUCCAGGGUGGAAAGAGAUGGGGAUGGCAUGAUUCAAGUCAAGGGGUAUGCGCUCCCUAGUGGUGCUGAUGGACCGAUUGCCAAGGUAGAGGUGAGUGCGGAUGAGGGUAAGACUUGGGUUGAGGCAGAACUGCACAAGUCGUAUGAAGGAGAGGACGCAAAGCAUGUGGAAUUGAAGUGGGCGUGGGCCUUAUGGAGGGCCAAAAUCAAGGUUGAGCCGGGCAAUAACGUCAACAUCUGGAGUCGGGCGACGGACAAGAGUGGGAAUACGCAGAAGCAGAAUUGCGUGUGGAACUUUAGGGGUGUGGGGUACAAUGCCUAUGGUGAAGUAGAGGGUUUGGAGAUUGUAUGA